AUGUCUCUUCUAGAAAGAGUUAGUCACUUCUUUGACAAAUACAGGCAAAACGAUGGGAAAGGAGAGCAUAUUUUAAAGUUAUUAAGACAGAACAUUUCCUCCUCUUUUAAGAAGUCUUCUAUAGGUAAGUGAACGUAACUAAUUGAGCUUAAAAUUGCCCGGUGUUUUUAAGCACCGGUCAUCACAUGUUCAUAGCAUGCAUAAUACGACUUUCGUCUAACGUUUUUAACUUUACAUUUUUUGGUUAUUGUAGUGAAGUAUACGAAGUAUCAAGAAGUUCCGGAAGAUGAAUUCAGUGGUUGGUUGAGCCUGCUGUUUGAGGAACGUGGUUUAGAGCGGUUAACGACAGAGCAAACAGAAGAUAUUAGACAGCAAUUCUGUGUUUGCUUGGUCAGUAGUGCGAGAAAUUUCGAGUUCUUAAGCUUUAGAGCUAAGUUUGUCAAGAUCGCUGUAUAUUAGCCAAGUUCCCUUUUGGCUGUUUUUCGUCUCGGUCCAUAGAAAAACUUAAACAGAACGAGGCCAAAGUGCAGCCAUCUUGAACGAACAAGCUUGGUUAAUUUUGCAUAUCUGAUACGUUUUCUCUUAGGUAAGCGCACAAAAAUUACGCCAGUACAAACAACCUCUCACAAGCCUUUGAUGAUAAUUUGCAUUUGUAUACUUUGAGUACGUACAAAAUACAUGCUAGCAAAUUAAAUCAAUCGUGUAGGCAAUACACUGUUGACAUAUUCUCACAAAAUUAUUUACCCUGUUGAUACACAUAACCUCUUUGACGUUUUGAAGUGCAAACAUUAAUAUUAUCUUCCUCUAUUAAUUAGAAAGGUACAAAUUUAUUUUUAGUCUUGUGGAGUGUUGUGGGGUUCUGUAUACGUAUGGGUCUUAAAAAUAUUUACGGUAUACAGUAUAUAUCUUUGCUUCCCAUUGAAGAAAGUUUGUUUAAUAUUAUACUCCACCCCACCUUCUCUCCACCCCCCCUCCUCCCACCAUCAACUCUCAGUAGUCCUGUUUUCUCAAGAACAUACAUUCUCCAGUUAGCUUCUUUACACUCACAUGACACAGGGUUGUCAGGAAGUUUUGAAGUAGACGGCUGAGUUGUCAAAGUAAGGGGCCAGUCCAGGAAUGUUUUUUUAAAAAAAUGCCAUCCAUAAAGAAAUGCUAAGCUAACCUGAGAUCAGGCUCUAUUUUCGUUUCGCUUUGAAAAUUACAUUUCGGCGGGCAAGGCGAAACCAAUUUCAGCAGUGGCCAUUAGAGAGAAUGCAUGAGAACCGCUCAAAUUGGGCCUGAUCUCAGGUUAAUGCUAAGCAGAGUAGAUGGCCGAUACUUACCAAGUUGGCAGCGAUUUUCACCGGCAGCCAGCUACUUUUGACAUCCCUGAUGACACCUGCCAGUGAAACUGUUUCCUUGCCAGUAGUUUGUGAGUGAUAUCAGAGGAAAACAUUUCACUAUUUGCUUCUAGCAAAACAUUGUCCUCUUCUUUGUUUUAAUCCAUUUAAUUAUUUGCAGGUGUGAUUAAGGUGUCAAUAGUGUGUUUACAUUAUACUGUUAAUUUGUUUCAGAAAAGAAUUGAGGAGAGUUCUUGUGUAGCCUUGUGGGAAUAUUGGUUAAGACCAGUGAGUAUAAAGCUGUUUUUCAUAGUGUUAGAAAAAGGCACUUCAAUUUAUAAACUAAGGAACAGGAAAGGAUUGUCCCCUCGGACUAAAAUAUGAGAUCUCCACUAUGGUGAUAACUGCAUUAACCCCUGCACUUCAAAGUGAUUUGUUGCUAUUUGUCAGAGUAUAUAAGAAGCUUUUUUAUUCAUUAUUGCAACACUUCAUUGUGAAUUACAUUGCAUGCCUAUACACUGUACACUGUGAAAGGUUUGAACCCGGAGUUAUUUCAAAAGUAGGUUGAGUUUGAUCGUCUGGGUGAGCCUAGUCCUGAAUAGGACUGUUGUUGUUGACAGUGACUGACGUUUUGGCAACCUGUGCGAUAGUCAUUUUCAGAGUCAAAGUGAGUUGUAUUCAAUGAUACAACUCAUUUUGACUCUGAAGAUGACUACCGCACAGGUUGUCGAAACGCCAGUCACUGUCAACAACAACAGUCCUAUUGAGGACUAUGCUCACCCGGACGAUCAAACUCAACCUACUUUUGAACACUGUACACUAUUAUCAUGAUGCAUUAUGAUUUAUUAUUUGCAUACACAAACAAUAAAAAAUAGUGGCAUAAACCUAUAGAGCCAUGUAAAUGUAACAAACUGUGGAAUUACUGAUCAAAGAAUUGUCAAAUGAACGGUGAUAAACAGUCAAAAAUAAAAGAAUUAGGAAAAUACAUGUAUGGGAGAACUCUUCCUUCACUGCUCACAAUGGUUCUAUGGGCAUAGACUUUGUGUUCGUCCUUUGUAGGUUCUCAACCCUAUAUCAGCUCUGCUUAUUGUUGAUGUACAAAAUGACUUCAUUAGUGGGUCUCUUGCCUUAAAAAACUGCCCUGCUGGUGAAGAUGGUGAAGAAGUUGUAUCAGUCAUACAAGAGCUGCUGUCAAAAAAGAUGUUUAGUGUUGUCGCCUACUCUUUUGAUUGGCAUCCAUCAGAUCAUUGCUCCUUUGUUGACAAUGUGUCCUUGUAUCCGCUGCAUUCCUCUAGUCAAGUGACAGCUGAGAAAGCCAAGGUCUUCGAUGUUGUGGUUUAUGACAAAAUCCCCAUCAUUGAUCAAGUGUUGUGGCCUAGGCACUGUGUAAUGAACAGCUGGGGUGCUGAACUUCACAAAGAUCUCACAGUAAGAAAAAUAAAACUAUUGGUGACCUAG